GUGAGUUCGAGUACAUAAAUACGAGCACGGCCGCGGCGGCAAAGCCCCCAACUCAGACUGCCCACCAGCUAAGCCACCCAGCAGCACGACCGCGAUCACCGGCCAGUGAGACGGUACGGUACAGGAAAAAUUCCCCCGUCGCGCCCGGCCGGCCAUUACGACGGCGCCAGCCGAGCAGACGCCGCCGCCACGAUGCCGCCCGCCACCGGCGCCGUCGCAUCUCCCCCCGCCGCUGCCGGGACCGUGCUCCUUGGCAGGUACGAGCUCGGCGACCUCCUGGGCCGCGGCGCGUCCGCCAAGGUGUACCUGGCGCGAGACCUGCUCACGGGCCGGUCCGUGGCCAUCAAGUCGUUCCCGAACCCGCGCGCCGCCGCCGCUGGUGACCGGCCCGUGGCCAUCGAGCGGGAGGCCGGCAUCCUCCGUCGCCUGCGGCACCGCCACGUGGUGCGGCUCCACGAGAUCCUCGCGACGCGCAAGAAGGUCCACUUCGUGCUGGACCUCGCCGCCGGCGGCGAGCUGUUCUCGCUUGUCGACGCGUCGGGCCGCAUGACGGAGGACCUUGCGCGGCACUACUUCCGGCAGCUGGUGUCCGCCGUGCGGUACUGCCACGCGCGCGGCGUGUACCACCGCGACAUCAAGCCCGAGAACCUCCUCCUCGACGAGUCCGGCGCGCUGAUGGUGGCCGACUUCGGGCUCGGCGCCGUGGCCGGCACCGCCGACGGAGGCGGCAGUCUCCUCCGGCACACGAUGUGCGGCACCCCGGCGUACGUGGCCCCGGAGAUCCUGUCGCGGAAAGGGUACGAGCCGGCGAAGGUGGACAUCUGGUCGUGCGGCGUGGUGCUGUUCGUGCUGGCGGCGGGUUACCUCCCCUUCAACGACGCGAGCCUCGUGAACAUGUACCGCAAGAUCUACGCGGGCCGGUUCCGGUGCCCCGGGUGGUUCUCGCCGGCGCUGCGCGACCUGCUGCGGCGCGUGCUGGACCCGGACCCGUCGGCGCGCAUUGACGCGGACGGCAUCGUGGCGCACCCGUGGUUCCGCCACGGCGCCAGCGACGAGGAGCUGGGCCGCCUGAUGCACGGCGGCGGCGGUGAGCAGGAGGAGGAGGAGGAGGCGUGGUUUGGGCCGGUUGGGGAGUCGAAGGCGGACGAGGAGGACAGGGAGCCGACCGCGUUCGACAUCCUGAGCUUCUCCCCGGGCUCCGACCUGUCGGCGCUGUUCCUCGGCGCCGGGAAGGAGCGGGUGUUCGUGGGCGAGCCCGUGGCGGCCGUGGUGGCCCGCGUGGAGGCUGCCGGGAGGAAAGGAGGGUACCGCGUGCGGAGGGACGGGAAGAGGGCCACCGCCGUGUACGUGGAGGAAGAGGAGAGCGGCGUGGUGGUUGCGAAAGUGAGCGUGUUUAGGAUCGCCGACGCCGUGUCCGUGGUGGAGGUGGUAAAAGGCGACGGCCCCGACGCCGUGGUGUUCUGGAGCGAGCUGCUGGAGCCGGCCGUGAAGCCCCCGGCGCUGAGCUGCUGAGGAGGUGAAGCCGUGCCCGCGCGCGGCGGGGAGCUGUGCGAUGUGAUUAUUUUGUUUGUUUGUUUGUUGUUGUCGGUCCGCCUCGGCGAAAUCAUCAUCUGUAAAACCAUUAUGCUAUGCAUCGAAUCAAAUCAAAGCAAGGACGAAGAAGAAUCCUUGCGAUGUUGAUUGAGACAACAAAUUUGAGGUGGUACUGACGACGCUUUGGAUUGACGGGAAAUAGAGUAGGCCACCAUGAUCCGUGAAUUCCUUUGGUUUGGCAACACAAGUCAAGAACUAGUGCUGUGUACUCCAGCCGGGAAAAUCGUGAAGAUUGACAUUUUUUUUUUA